UAUAUAUCAUUCAGCGUUUUUAGUUGCUCUAUUUAUCUGCGCUUGUAAAGUUAGAAAAAAAUUUGAUUUCAAAUUCUCGCUUUACAAUAAAUAAUAAGCGUAUUAGGUUUCACCAAUUUCCAAUUUAGGCGAAAAUGGGUUCAAAAGAUGAAAAAGUUAUUCCCAAUUACAUCAAGUUUCUUUUUGGAGGACUUUCAGGAAUGGGGGCCACUUGCUUUGUGCAGCCUUUGGAUUUGGUUAAGACACGAAUGCAAAUUGCCGGUACGACUAAGGAGUAUUCGACAACAUUCCAAGCGGUCCGCGGAAUUUUGGCCAAGGAGGGUUUGUUUGCGAUGUACACCGGGCUAAGUGCCGGUCUACUCAGACAGGCGACUUAUACGACGACACGGCUAGGUGUGUACACUUGGCUCUUCGAGAUGUGCUCGUCUGAAGGAAAACCACCAUCUUUUAUAAUGAAAGCUGCUCUGGGAAUGGGUGCCGGUGUCGCCGGGGCGUUUGUUGGAACGCCCGCCGAGGUCGCUUUGAUCCGAAUGACUUCGGAUGGGCGUCUCCCAUUGGCCGAACGUAGAAAUUACAAAAGUGUAUUCGACGCGUUAAUUAGAAUAGUCCGAGAGGAGGGCGUUUUGGCAUUGUGGCGAGGCGUGGGACCGACUAUGGGAAGAGCAAUGGUAGUUAACGCCGCCCAAUUGGCCAGUUACUCUCAAGCGAAACAGUUGCUGGUCUCAACUGGAUACUUCGACGAAAAUAUCUUUUUACACUUUGUCGCGUCUAUGCUGUCAGGUCUGGUAACAACAACUGCCUCCAUGCCGGUGGAUAUUGCGAAAACUAGGAUACAAAACAUGAAAAUUAUCGAUGGAAAACCAGAGUAUAAAGGGGGAAUGGACGUUGUACUCAAGGUAAUUACCAAAGAAGGCCCAUUAAUGCUUUGGAAAGGUUUCCUACCGUAUUAUGCCCGUCUGGGACCACAUACUGUCUUAACGUUUAUAUUUUUGGAGCAACUCAACGCCACCUACAGUACGAUGGUUUUAGGCAGAAAAACACAGGGACUGUAGGAUAAUUAUUGUAAAACAUAUAGAGUUAUAUUUUAAUAUACAAUAUAUUGUACAUAGAUUUCUCAGAGAGAGAAAGUGAUAUGUGUGCCCUUGUAAGACUGUACUGUAAUAUACUUACUUAAGUACUAACAUAAAAAUAUAUUUUCGAGAUAUGA